AUGAAUACCGCCUUUAAGAAUGAAAAUGCUCCUCGUUAUGGUAACAACAAUAAAAAACAAACUGACAAAAUCAUGGACAAACCACAAGCAAAAGUACAACUGAAUGAGGAGACAAAAACAACUACCACAACAACAACAAAAUACUGCUGUGUAUUCGGUUCGCCCAGUACACCAAUAUUGGAAAAUCCCGAACAUCAGACACGUUGGUAUUUCAAAUAUUUUUUGGGCAAAUUACAUCAAAACUAUGUUGGCAUUGAUGCUGAAAAAAGUCCAUACUUUUUAUCGGUUGUUUCACAGGACUCGGGCAAUCAAGGAGCUCCCAUGUACCGAGCCAUACUCUUUCGCAAACAGGGCACCCAGAAAAUUGCAUUGCCAUAUCAGGCCAAUCAAAAACUCACUGUUAAACAAAUCCUAACACACUUCAGUGGCAUCGAUGCAUCGACAAUGAAAAAUCCUAAGGAGAUUUUUGCAGCUGACAUUCAAAAGGAUUUGCUGCUGCUCGAGGAACAAGAGGGCUCAGUUAAUUUCAAAUUUGGCGUUGUAUACAUGAAGCCGGGACAGUGCUGUGAUGAUGAGAUGUUAAGUAAUCAGGAAUCCAGUCCAGACUUUGAAGACUUUUUAGAUGUGCUGGGCGAACGUGUACGCCUAAAAGGAUGGGAUCGUUUUCGUGGUGGUUUAGAUGUUAAAGGUGAUAUGACUGGUAAAUACUCGGUUUAUACACUGCAUGAAGGUCAUGAAAUUAUGUUUCAUGUUUCAACACUGUUGCCCUUUUCCAAGGAUAAUCGACAACAGGUUGAACGCAAACGUCACAUUGGUAACGAUAUUGUGAAUAUCGUAUUCAUAGAUCAAAGCACGGCGCCCAAUGUUGAUACGGUUUUGCCAACAAUGUUUGAUCCCACAUGGAUAAAAAGCCAAUUUACACACAUUUUUGCGGUAGUUACGAAACAUGAACAAACCUAUCGUUUGGCCAUAUUUUGUGAUGAGAAUGUGCCACCAUUUGGUCCAACGCUACCAAACCCACCCGAAUUUACAGAUGUGAAUUUAUUUCGUGAAUUUUUACUGGUUAAACUAAUAAAUGCUGAAAAGGCAACCUUUCAAACGCCUAUAUUCUCACAGAAACGUGAACGUACCUUGGAAAUGCUAAUUAAAGACUUGCAUGAAGACUAUAUUGGUGACAGUAAAUUGAAUAUGCUAAACAGACGAGCUUUCUCUGAAGUAUUGUAUGACGUGCCAAGAACAUCGAAACUCAAGGAGGACGCUAGACAAAUUGAAUUCGUUCGCAUAGGCCAAGCACUUAAAUUGGAGGCCAUUGUACGUGGUGAUGCCCCCACAAGCAUUGCCUCAGCAAGUCCUUGUACGAUAUUCAAGAAGCCACCUUGGGAGCCGCAUUGUUUCUAUCCGACAUUUCCACACCGGGGUACAUUGGCAGGCGAUUCAUUUGGUAAUGCUGAUGACUCGUUAUUUAUAGCAACGGAUGAUGGAACAUUUUUGAUGAAAGAGGAUCAAUCACUGCAGUUGGUCUUCGACAAGACAUUACAUGUCCGCCAAUUAAAUGUCCUGGAAGAACACGGCCUGGUGUUGGUGCGUGGAGGCUCUGCCACAAAUCGUGAUGGCCAUCGUAUACAUGUAUUUCGUUUGCGAGAAUUCCAUUUGAAAUCUUCCGAAGAAACUCUGAAGUGUCGUUCUCGUUCUGAGGUAAAGGAGCGACGCAUCGAUAGAACACGUGGCUGUCAUUUGUUUUCCUCUUCGCGUGUAAAUGGUGGUCAUUUGCGAUUAGUGGUGGCCGUUGGACGUAAACUGCAAUUAUUUCAAUGGAAACAUACAGCGGCGUGGGCCUCAUGGUGUCCGGAAAAUGAUACAGAAACGGCGGAGGGUUUUAUAUUUCAAAAGGAAAUCUCGCUAAAUGAUACACCCACAAUUGUGACGCCCCUGGAGGGUCCAACCAAUACGAAAACUGGUGGUCUAAUUUGUGUGGGAUAUAAAUAUCAUUAUGAAAUUGUCUGUGAUCAAAGUGGAGUUGCCACCCGUCUGCAUGAAGUUGAACCGGCCAAAAGAAGUCAGACUCAAUUAACAGCCGCCAUAGAAUUGUGUGAUGGCAUGGAAACUGAGCUUCUGUUAUGUUAUAAUCAUACAUGCCACUUCCAAAAAUUAAAUGAACGCGAUGAAUCCCGCAAUGAAUUCGAUUUCCAUUGGAAUACCUCACCCACAUCGGUGGUAUGUGCAUUCCCCUAUAUACUCGGCUUUACGGCAGACUCCAUGGAAAUACGUCUUCUGGUCAAUGGCAAUUUAGUGCAUACCGCGAUUUUACCAGAACUACAAAUGAUAACGUCCAAACGCGAUAUUUUCUUUGUUACAACAGCACCCGAAUUUAUGUCCAAAGAUUUGAAUAUUAAGGGACUACAAAUCCACGAACAGACUCCAGAACGAAGAUUGGUAACCACACCCAGUGAAUGUUCGUCAAAUGAAGAGCUGACAACACGAGAUUCUACAGAAGUCCUCAGCCUAACAAGUGUCAAAGAUAGCAUACCCCUCAAUCCAGAACAUGAAAUGAAUAAUUUACUUGAAAUACCAAAUAUGUUGUCGGCCUCAAAUGUAGGACAACCCAUGCAGAGGGCACGUUCUCUGCAGAAAGCUAGUCACAUUGAUGACAAGCCUAUCAUUGCGAAGAGUAAUUCUUGUGGCGAUGCCUAUGGCAGUAGUGAUCAUAAAUAUAAUCCAUUGCGCAACAACUCCAUUGUGGAUCCUCAAUAUCAAAUCGGUGUACCACCCAAUUCACCACGCACAAAUUCGAAUAACAACAACAGCAGCAACACCAGUAACCACAACAACAAUAACAACCUACCCAAGACACCAGCAGCACAACAUUCACCAAUGUCGCCGACAAAACGGAAUUCCAAAUAUCGCAACCUUUUCUCUUCAUCGAAUGGUGGCGGCAGUCAAACUCCUGAACAUUAUUCAAGUUCUCCAGAUCGUCUCAAACCUCUACGAGUCUAUCGUAUACCCUUAGCCAAACUGGCUGGAGCUCACUCCCAUUUCCACAUGCAAUCAUUUAAUGCCACCGCCUCAGCUAAACUUCAACAGCAACAACACAACCACCACCAACACUCUUCACAUUUUCAACAACAAAACUACAUUCGUGAUCAUCACGCGCUAUCCCAUAAAUCACGACAAAAAUCAUUUGAUAUUCAAUUACCGCUACAGGCAACCGAUAUUCCAGAAUGA